UCCUCACCUCUCUCACUUCCUUAACUCUCUCUCACCGGCAACUCCGGCUCUUUUGCUUCCUUGUCUGUAUUUUUCUUCUUCUUCGUCCUUGUCAUCGUCAUUUUCCGGCGACGGCGUUAGUAGUAAGGAAGUGUUUUAAGGCUGAAACCAUGCCGGAGGCACCAAAGGUUAAGCACGACCAAGCCAUGGUCCCUAAGCCGUUUGAUCGGCUCAAGGAGGCACUGCAAUACAUUGAGGAUGUGACCAGCAACGCGGACCAGGUGCAGGAGCGGGUGCUGGGGGAGAUCCUCUCCCGCAAUGCCCAUGUCGAGUACCUCCGUCGCUACGGCCUCGACGGCCGGACCGACCGGGAGAGCUUCAAGAAGCUUCUUCCCGUCAUCGGCUACGACGAUAUACAGCCCGACAUACACAGGAUCGCCAAUGGCGACAAGUCACCGAUCCUCUCGGCCGACCCCGUGUCGGAAUUUCUUACUAGUUCAGGAACUUCGGGAGGAGAGAGGAAGCUGAUGCCCACCAUUGAGCAGGAGCUAGGGAGGCGGUCCCUGCUCUACAGUCUGCUGAUGCCUGUGAUGGACCAGUUUGUGCCGGGGCUUGACAAGGGCAAGGGCAUGUACUUCCUCUUUGUGAAGUCUGAGGCCAGGACGCCAGGAGGCCUGGUGGCCCGCCCGGUGCUCACCAGCUACUACAGGAGCAAGUACUUCACCAACAGGCCCUUUGACCCAUACACCAACUACACCAGCCCAAACGAGACCAUCCUGUGCCCGGACUCCUUCCAGAGCAUGUACUCCCAGCUCCUCUGCGGCCUCAUCCUGCACAGAGAGGUCCUCCGGGUGGGCGCCGUCUUCGCCUCCGGCUUCAUCCGGGCGAUCAAGUUCCUGGAACAAAACUGGCCUCAACUCGUCGACGACAUCCGGACGGGGAAGCUUGAUGACCGGAUCACGGAUCCCUCCGUCCGCGCCGCCGUGGCCGAACUUCUCAAGCCGGACCCCAAGCUCGCCGACUUCGUCGAGCGCGAGUGCCGCAAGAACUCGUGGCAAGGGAUCAUUCCCAGGCUGUGGCCUAACACCAAGUACAUAGACGUUAUUGUGACGGGCACCAUGUCGCAGUACAUCCCAACACUUGAUUUCUAUGGCAAUGGCCUCCCUCUGGUUUGCACCAUGUAUGCCUCUUCCGAGUGCUAUUUUGGGCUGAACCUCAGCCCUUUGUGUGACCCCAAGGAUGUGUCCUACACCCUGAUCCCAACCAUGGCCUACUUUGAGUUCCUUCCCGUUCACAGAAGCAACGGUGUCACCGACUCUCAUGCCAUCUCCAAGACGCUGAGCGAGAAGGAACAGAAGGAACUUGUGGAACUUGUUAAUGUGAAGCUUGGCCAUGAGUAUGAGCUUGUGGUUACCACUUAUGCAGGUCUCUAUCGCUACAGAGUUGGUGAUCUCUUGAGGGUCUCCGGCUUCAAGAACAAGGCUCCCCAAUUCCAGUUCGUCUGCCGGAAAAAUGUGGUUCUCAGCAUCGAUUCCGACAAGACCGAUGAGGUCGAGCUCCAAAACGCGGUCAAGAAUGCCGUGCACCACCUCGAGCCAUUUGAUGCCACCCUCGCCGAGUACACCAGCCAUGCAGACACCAGCGCCAUACCGGGUCACUAUGUGCUGUUCUGGGAGCUCAAACACGGUGCAACUCCAAUCCCCCCAUGUAUCUUUGAAGAUUGCUGCCUCACCAUAGAAGAGUCACUCAACAGUGUCUACCGGCAAGGCCGCGUCUCCGACAAGUCGAUCGGCCCGCUCGAGAUCAAGAUCGUCGAGGCCGGGACCUUCGACAAGCUCAUGGACUAUGCCCUCAGCAAUGGGGCCUCCAUUAACCAGUACAAGACCCCAAGGUGUGUGAAGUUCAAACCCAUAAUUGAGCUGCUCAACUCUAGAGUCCUCUCUAGCUACUUCAGUCCCAAGUGCCCCAAAUGGGCACCUGGCCACAAGCAAUGGAACAACCACAAUUAGUCUCUUUCUUGUGUCAAUGUGUGUUUGUACAACACAAUUGGAGUACUUUAGAAAGAGAAAAAAGAAGUUGCUUGCUACAUUUAGUUAGGAUCCCCACUUGUUGCCCUUCCUUUCUUUCACUUUCUCCAUUGUGGUAUUAGAAAAUACUCUCGAAUAGCUGUCACUUAACAUGUUUAGUUCCACUGAGAUAUUGGCCAUGUACAAAGCAGUUCCUUCAAGUCAAGAAAGGAAUUUCCACACCUUGGUGUUUGACGAUUGACCACCUCCUUCCUCACUCUUUGAAUGCAUUCAACUCUCUUUUCCAACUCUCUAGAUAGAGAAAAUUAUAGAGGAGACAGAAGAGAGAAAUAAUAAAAAAGCAGUGACCAAUACCCAAAUGGCUUCUCAAUUUAAUCAACUUGGCAGCAGCGGAAUAACUCAAGCAAGAACCAAGAAGCAUCGGAGAGAAAUCUUUCGCCUUACGUGUUCUUCCCGGAAACCCUGAGCUAAAACUUAUGAAGCAGAUUUUUCUAAUGGGUCGACGUUUUUGGUUUUUCUGUCACAUGGGCUUAGCCAUAUUGGCCAGUUUUUAAGAGUUGUUUUCUGGUAGGCCUAAUGACUU